AACUCUCACCAGCCUGCCCCUGUAUCAAUUCACUUCUGUGUUCCUGGUACCGGGAUGCGAACAGAAACAAAUAUGAUCCCAGACUUCAAGGAGCUCAGUCGGGGCAGUAACGCAGAGAAGGCGACACGAAGACCUCAGAAACGAGUAAAAAAAGUGGGAAGGAAAGAGUGAGUGAUGUUUUGUGGGCAAUGAUGGUACACAGAAGAUGUUUUCAUUGAGCCUUGAAUAAGAGCAGAAAUCUUCCAAGAGGCCACAGGUGAGGAAAACAGUGGUGUCGAGGUAGCGUUCGCAAUGGGUUGUUUCAAAGCUUCACCGAGCCAUUCCUGGAUUUAUCCCACCGUGAUCCUGUGUUUAUUUGGAUUUUUCUCCAUGAUGAGACCCUCAGAACCCUUCUUAGUCCCAUAUUUAUCUGGACCAGAUAAAAACCUGACCAGCUCAGAGAUCACAAAUGAGAUCCUUCCCAUCUGGACAUACUCUUACCUGGCACUGCUGCUCCCAGUGUUCAUCGCCACCGACUACGUCCGCUACAAGCCAGUCAUUAUCCUGCAGGGGAUCAGCUUCGUCGUCACCUGGCUGCUGCUUUUGUUUGGCCAGGGAGUGAGGGCCAUGCAGGUUGUAGAGUUCUUCUAUGGGAUGGUCACCGCCACCGAGGUGGCCUACUAUGCCUACAUUUACAGCGUGGUCAGCCCGGAGCACUACCAGAAAGUGAGCGGCUACUGCAGGAGCGUCACCCUGGUGGCCUACACGGCGGCCUCGGUGCUGGCCCAGCUCCUGGUAUCCGUGGCCAGCCUGUCGUACUUUCACCUCAACGUCAUAUCCUUGGCCUCUGUCUGUGUGGCCCUUCUUUUCUCCCUGUUCCUACCAAUGCCUGAGAAGAGCAUGUUUUUUCAUGUACAGCCCGGCAAAGAAGUACAAAAGCCAGCAAACAACACCGCAGUGUUAGAUGAAACUUACAAGGUUCCCACACCAGGCGGCGAAGAGAAACCCACUUCAGAAAUACCCACCAUUUCAGGGACCCUGGAGGGUCGGCGGGUGAGCAAUCCGGUGCCAAGAAAUGUCGCCUUGAGAGUUUUUGUGCAGUGGUUCCAAGAUUUGAAGGGAUGCUACUCCUCAAAGCAUCUUUUUUACUGGUCUCUGUGGUGGGCCUUUUCCACAGCAGGUUUUAACCAAAUUUUGAACUAUGUUCAAAUCCUGUGGGAUUACAAGGCACCAUCCCAAAAUUCUUUCAUCUAUAAUGGGGCAGUAGAAGCUGUUGCAACCUUUGGAGGGGCCGUGGCUGCCUUUGCCGUGGGCUUUGUGAAAGUCAACUGGGAUCUCCUGGGAGAGCUGGCUCUAGCGAUCUUCUCCAUCAUUAGUGCAGGCUCUCUGUUUCUCAUGCAUUACACAACCAACAUCUGGGUAUGCUAUGCUGGCUAUUUAAUAUUCAAGUCCAGCUAUAUGCUUCUUAUAACCAUAGCAGCAUUUCAGAUUGCAGUUAAUCUGAGUGUGGAGCGCUAUGCCCUGGUGUUUGGAAUGAACACCUUCGUGGCCCUGGUGAUCCAGACCAUUAUGACAGUGAUCGUAGUAGAUCAGAAAGGACUCAACCUGCCUAUCAGCAUUCAGUUUUUAGUUUAUGGGAGUUACUUUGCAGUUAUUGCUGGCAUUUUUCUAAUGAGAAGCAUAUACAUCAUCUGCUCAACCAAGUUCCAAGAGCAGCCACAGAGCUCUGCUACAUGUCAGAAUCCAGCUGAGCCCCACCCAGACGGACCCAGGAAUGUCAACAUGGAAACAAAGCUCUAACCUUAUGGCAACCACUGCAUCCACUGAGAAAGGACCCGCCUGGUCGCAAAGUCACCGAGUGACACAAAAUGACACACUUCCUAAGUCUGGAUUUCAAGGAACCUUUUUCAAAACCCCAACAAAAUAUCGGUUUUAGACCAGAUGUCUAUGUGCCCAGCUGGAUGCAUUCGACAGGUCCCGUCACCUCAAAUAGUCCGUGCUGGGGACCCCAGGGAGUAGCAAGGACUGGGAAAUUCUGGUUCUGAUUACUCUUUAGGACAUGCAAAUGGCAUGGAAACAAACCACGAGAAACUCCAGCCGUUCUGGAGUUGAUGUUCCCGACUCCAGAGCAGAAAUACUAACUAGAUUCACCUUGUUGCUUGGCUCACAUCUUUGUUUUAUCUUGCUGAAACUGGCAAGAGAGGGGACAUUUUUUGUCACAUGGCCAUUUUCCUUCUUCUUCUAUUCAGUAUAUUUCUAUAUAGCAUGCAGUUCUCUGAGAGAAUUUCAAGGUUUGGUCCCAUUUCUGAGGAUCCCUCUUCAAUCCUGAUAACAUGGCAUUAUUCACAAGCUAAAAUUUGGUAAUAUCACCAUUUAAUUCGGUCAUGAUUAUUUUUCGCUUUGUGUUCUGCCGAGCUUUGUUGUUAAAAAUCUACCUCAGGAAUAGCUCCAGACGUUCCUGGAUAUCCACAGAAUGACAUUCAAGUCAAUUCCUGGUGACCAUAGGGGAGACAACGAGCUUUCUCCCUACCAUGACCCCAGACAGGUGUUUUAAUGCUGUGUCCGUGUGAUCUCUGUGUAAAACAGAGAAACUUAACUAGAAAUUUCUAGGACUUUUUAAGUAUUUUUAAGUAAGAAAAUACUAAUAGGGUGGGGGAAACGCCUAAUUUUUAAAGGGCAGUGCUUGUGCCAAA